CUGGCAACAUUAAUCAGCUGUCGUCGUGCAAGUGUCGGAAGUUCGAGCAAGAAGUCGAUUUUGCUGCCGGAAUUAUCACUGAAUCAUUAUUUUAUUGAAAUUAUUCGUGAUUGCUAGUGUUAUUUAACAAAUUUAAACGUCGCAAUUUCUCAAAACAUGGCUAGACUUCGGAUUUAUUUAGUGUCGGCGUUGCUCUGCUGCUGCGUAGCGCUCGGUCAAGGUGAUGCUGUGACCACUCAGAAGACGGUGACGGUGACCGUGCCGUCGUCCAGCGCGGCGCCCGCGACCUCGCCCGCGAGCACGGAGCCCCCGGCGACCACGACGGAGCCCAGCACCACGCAGGCCCCGACCACCACCACGGCAGCUCCAACCACCACUACAGCUGCUCCUACCACCACCACGCCAGCUCCUACGACUACCCCCGCCCCCACGACCACCCCUGCCCCUGUGCCUCCCAAGCCAGAGCCAACCCCCGCUCCCAAGCCCACCCCUGUGCCCGCCCCGGAGCAGGGAACCUGGAGCUACAAGGAGGGAAACAUCACCUGCAUUGUGGUGCAGUUCGCCGCCCAGCUCAAUGUCACCUACUACACCACUGAAGGCAACUCGACGAGCCUGGCGCAUGCGCUGCUCAACGUGCCUAAAGACGCGGCGGUGGUGGCCGGCGCCUGCCAGGGGGACCAGCAGUGGCUGCAGAUCUCAUGGCCCAACACCACGUGGGCCAACAACAUGACGCUGCAGUUCCGGCGCAACGCCACCACGCACCAGUACGCGCUGCGUUACUUGAAUGUCACGCUCACGCCCGACCAGCACUUCGUUAACGCCUCGUCCAACGCGUCCAUCGCGCUGUGGCACGCGGCCGACGAGUGGUGGACGCCGCUCAGCUCCUCAUACAAGUGCCUGCCGCCGAGCCAGCUGAACAUGAGCGAGACGGCGGGCGCGGUGGCCACGCUGUCCCUCUCGCACCUGCAGGAGGAGGCCUUCAGGGAUAACGCGGGCACCGGCUUCAGUGCUGCCCGUGAGUGUGGCAGCGGCGACGUGCCUGACGCCGUCCCUAUCGCGGUGGGCUGCGCGCUGGGAGGGCUGGUGGUCGUGGUGUUGAUAGCUUACUUGGUGAGCCGCCGCCGGUCCGCCGCCCGGGGGUACCUGUCCAUGUAGAGGGGUAGAAGGUGAAACAACAAGAGGUCAGUCAGUGUCGUAGAUAAAUGAUAUAUAUGUUUGAGAAGAAACACCGGAAGCGGAAAGUGCUUCUUAGUUCCGUCGCAUUCACUUACACAACAUUGGAAGUCCUUUCGUCGCGGGAAGCUAAUAUUUAUCUCAUGUAAUUGGCUGAAGUUUAAGAUAUUGCUCAAGGAAUAACUAAGUAAGUCAAUUGAAUGGGAAAGAGACUGGGUUGAAGCAGAUUAAUCAUACAUUCAUUCAAUAAGCUGAUAAUCCGUAUCUGUAUAAUAUUAUUGUAUUUUAUAAUUUGGCCAUGAUAUUCAUACAUCUGGUUUUUGACCACAUUUCUGGUAAAUGUACGUCAAACUUUAUUUCGAUAAUGAAAUGAACAUUAAUAAAUUUUCUCAUGAUCUUAAUUUUUAUAUCAGGGUAGGGUAGAUAUUUUUUUACAAGUAUGUGUACUGUGUCUCUUCGAUUUUAUAUAUAACUAUAGGUUUUUAGUAUGUUUUUUAUAAUUUAUCCAAAGAAAGUGUUUUCCGUUUAUAAUAUUUAUGUAUUCUAAUGAAAUACAAUGAAACUCUGUUUUAAUUUCGUAUCAUCCUGUAUGUCCACGAUUAACUAAAGACACAUUAGUUGUAGUUAGAUGAUAAAUAUACAGUGUCUUUACAAAUAUACUAGAAUUCCAAUUUUAUUCUCUUAAGGGUAGUGGAAUAAACUAGAACGUUUUUUCCCGAGAGUGUGAUCAACUAUUGCCUUGUCCGCCAUUUUCAGUCCAUACACUUUAAAGGCUAUGCUUUUUUAGUCUAGCCAAGAAUCUAUUAUUAUGACGUUUCAUUUAGGUUCGAUAGUCGAAGUAAGAGAAUAAUUGAUUGGGAGUAACAGGAGUUGCGGGAACAAUUUGUUUCAUCGGAUGCUAUAAUGUAAUCUUAAUGGAAACAUUAUACAAUUCCAUGAAACCACUUAAAUGGGCUACCGAUUGGUUGGCUUCAUUAAAUCCCUGAGGUUACAAAUCGGCAGCACUGUAAUUAAAUACAAAUAAGAGCAUUUGUAAUAAAUGUGAUUUGCAAUAUGAAACCAUGAAGUCACUUUAGAACAACAAUCAGAGCAACGCUAAACAAAUAAACGACAAUGUUAUGCCCCUGUUCUGAAUUGAAAUUCAACAGCAUGUGCAGUUUGGGAGCUCAUUACAUUAGGAUACUUCAUGUAUUACUGUAGUUACAGGACAAACGAAGGGUCCUUUGUGUAUGAUGUAUGUGUAUACCAUAAUCUUCUGUAAGAUAUAAAUGUGAACAGGGGCACGAUGGUGGUACAUAAUUUCAUUGCAAUUAUUGUAAAUAUAAGGGCAGAAUAGUUCAUCUAUGCAUAAAUAAUUGCAGUUUAAUUGUUGGCUGGACUUAUGACAUGGGAUUGUAAUCGUGUAAUACAUAAUAAAUGAUUUUUAUUGCCAAAAUUA